CAUCGAACCGGUCAACAGCCUUGUUCUCAUAUCACAAGAUUACUUCCAGAAUCCAUCAGGAUGGCUUCGAUACCAGUCAUCGUUAAGCACCAAGGUAAACGUCAUGAGGUCGAGCUCGACCCAUCUUCGAACGGCGAAACCCUCAAAUAUCAGCUCUACUCUCUUACCGGCGUCGAACCCGAGAGGCAGAAGAUCCUGGUGAAAGGAGGCCAGCUUAAAAAUGACACCCCGCUCUCCUCGCUCAAGGCCAAACCUGGCCAGACAUUCAUGAUGAUGGGUACUCCCGGGGAGGGACAAGGCGCUGGGGAUUUGGGACGUCCAAAGGAAGCAGUCAAGUUUCUGGAGGAUAUGACCGAAGCCGAGGCUGCAAGGGCGGAGGGAGCUACUCCCGCUGGUCUGCAGAACCUUGGAAACACCUGCUAUCUGAACUCGACGCUGCAGACUCUGCGAAGUGUGCCAGAGCUCCAGCAGGAGCUCCAGAGGUAUCGUCCUUCUGCGUCUGGAGGUGGAUCGAGUGUCUCCGAUCUCAGCAGCUUUGGUCUGGGUGGUCUCGGCUCUUCCAUGGACCUCACGGCCUCUCUGCGGGACUUGUUCAAGCAGAUGUCCGAGACCCAAGAAGGCUUUCCCCCGUUGAUGUUCCUCAACGCUCUGAGAAACGCAUACCCUCAAUUUGCCCAGAAGGACCGAAACGGACAUGGAUAUGCUCAACAAGACGCCGAGGAAGCUUAUUCACAGAUCGUUACUCAGCUGCGAAACAAACUGGUCAUCAAGGAUGAAGCGAGUGACUCGCCGAGUGAUAUCUCCUUCGUGGACAAGUUCAUGGCUGGACGAUUCGAAUCGAUUACCGAGUGCGACGAGAAAGCUGCGAAGGAUGUUGGCGAGCAGCCCAACGAAAGCUCGGACGUCUUCUACAAACUUGACUGCCACAUUGGCAAGGAAACAAAUCAUCUGUCCGACGGCAUCAUGGCGGGUCUGGAGGAGAAGAUCGAAAAGCGUUCUCCCACUCUGGACCGUGACGCCAUCUACACAAAGCGCUCUCGCAUAGCACGACUGCCCAAGUACUUGACGGUGCACUUCGUCCGUUUCUUCUGGAAGCGUGAGACCCAGAAGAAAGCCAAGAUCAUGAGGAAAGUGACGUUUCCUGCGGAGCUGGAUGCUGUUGACUUCUGCACCGAAGAGCUUAAAAAGCAACUCAUCCCCAUCAGGGAUAAGGUGCGGGAGAUCCGGAAGGAAGAAGUUGAUGUUGAUCGUGCCCGCAAGCGCCAGAAGCUCGCUCAUCAGAGAGAUGAAGAAAAGAAGGUUGAAGAAGAAUCGGGUGCCUCCAUGGAACCCAUGCAGAAGAAGAAGGCAACCGAGGAACGCGUGGAGGCAGGGAAAUCUGAGAAGGAUGGAGACUCCACGAUGACUGAUAUCUACAAGACUGACGCUGACUACGAGGCGGAGAAGAAUGCAUCCAUUCUCGCGGCGAAGAAGGAGCUGGCUGAGCUUCUGGGCCCUAAGCCUGCCUCGGAGGCGGGUACCAACAGCUCGGGUCUCUAUGAGCUUAGAGGAGUCAUCACGCACCAAGGUGCCAGCGCCGACAGUGGUCACUACACGGCAUACGUGAAGAAGCAGGACAAUGGAAGCACCGCAGGGGAGAAUGGAAAAUGGUGGUGGUUCAACGACGACAAGGUGACCGAGGUGGAAGCAGAGAAGAUCGAAACACUUUCCGGUGGUGGUGAAUCUCAUUCUGCACUCAUCUGCCUCUACCGCGCAAUUGAUCUGCCGACUGCCAACUAAGAAUCCUUAUUGGCGCGAUACUUCCGAUGCUUUACGAUUGAAAAGUCAUCAUAACUUAACGUCGAUCAUGUACUUAUGGCUCAUGGCUUAAGACAAAAUUCUUACUAGACCUUGGACGCGAAAAUCUGAUACUUCGGCUGUUCUUAUUGUCAGAUAGACCGUUAUAGCACAUUAUUUUGUCGAUCAAUGACUUGAGCUUAGCGAUUGUCUCCGUGAUCCACUGUCAAGUAUUUUAUUUCAUAAUGCAAUGCCAAUCGCGAUGUAUG